UCGACAAACCGGACGGCCUGACUUGACUACGGCGGCGGGAGCGGCGGCGCAGUCAGAUGCAGCUGUUACAGUGGCGGUGCAUGACGGCGAAACCAUUAAUAAUGACCAAAAGGACCCUAGCCGAUGGGAGACGUUGGUACUUGCAUACAAGACCUUAGGAGUUGUUUUUGGGGGUCUUGUCACAUCUCCACUCUAUGUAUAUCCAUCAAUGCCAUUAAAGUCUCCAACUGAGGAUGAUUAUUUGGGGAUAUACAGCAUAAUGUUUUGGACUCUCAGUCUAAUUGGUGUUGUCAAAUAUGCUACCAUAGCUCUCCAAGCUGAUGAUCAGGGUGAAGGUGGAACCUUUGCUCUUUAUUCAUUACUUUGUAGAAAUAUAAAUAUUGGUAUUCUUUCUUCCAAGAGUGCCAGUUUGAAUUCAAGCCACUCCUAUGUUAACCAAUCGAAAAAGCCAAGUAGGUUGGGUAAAUUUUGUGAGAGGAGUUUGAUUGCCAGAAGGGUACUGCUUUUCAUCGCAAUGUUGGGUAUGUGCAUGCUUAUUGGCGAUGGCAUACUUACACCUGCCAUCUCAGUGUUGUCUGCAAUGGGUGGCUUACGAGCACGAUUCUCCUCGGUCAGUAAAUGUAAGUAUGACAGCUUACAGUAAGGCUAUUACCCCGAAGCAAGUUUACCCUAUGCCCACCCUAAGGCUAGCAGCUGUGGUUUCCCUUGUCAUAAAUAAAAAAUCGUCUUUGAACGGAGAGGCCUUUAUGAUUUUGAGGGUAAUUGGGAAGUGGUCGAAGAACAAUUUUGAUUCUUGUAAUUUCUCAGGUUUUAAGAAAUUUGGUACUUCACGAGUGAGCUUCCUUUUGUCUCCUAUCAUGGGUGCAUGGACUCUUACCACUCCUCUCGUUGGGAUAUACAGUAUCAUAAAGCAUUAUCCGAGCAUAUUUAAGGCGAUAUCACCCCAUUACAUUGCCCUCUUCUUCUUAAGAAAUGGAAAGCAAGGAUGGAUAUAUCUUGGUGGUACUGUCCUAUGCAUUACAGGUUCUGAAGCAAUGUUUGCUGAUCUUGGUCAUUUCAACAGGAGUUCAAUUCGGAUAGCAUUUCUCUAUACUAUAUAUCCAUCAUUGGUGCUGACAUAUGCGGGACAGACAGCAUAUCUGAUUAGAAAUCCCGAUGACCACUUUAAUGGAUUUUACAAGUUUAUACCAUCUGCUGUGUACUGGCCAAUUUUUGUUAUAGCCACAUUAGCUGCUAUAGUAGCAAGUCAGUCGCUGAUUUCAGCCACCUUUUCGGUUAUCAAGCAAUCAGUUGUGUUGGAUUAUUUUCCUCGGGUGAAGGUAGUUCACACAUCCUCCAGCAAAGAAGGCGAGGUUUACUCACCAGAAGUUAACUACAUCCUCAUGAUUCUCUGUGUUGCAGUCAUACUAGUUUUUGGAGAUGGACAAGACAUCGGAAAUGCCUUCGGUGUUGUUGUUAGCAUAGUUAUGCUUAUAACGACUAUAUUGUUGACAUUGGUCAUGAUCAUUAUUUGGAGAACUCCACCAGCUCUGGUCGCGCUCUACUUCGUUGUAUUUUUUGUGAUGGAAAGUGUUUAUGUUAGUGCAAUCUUCACAAAAAUUCCCGAAGGUGGUUGGAUUCCUUUUGCCAUUUCUCUCAUUCUUGCUUUCAUUAUGUUUGGUUGGUUCUACGGUAGGCAGAGAAAACUUGAGUAUGAAUUGACACACAAGAUAGACUCGGAGAGACUAAGGACACUGCUAAUCGAUCCAGGUCUUCAGAGAGUUCCUGGACUCUGCUUCUUCUACACAAAUAUCCAAGAUGGUUUAACCCCAAUUUUAGGUCAUUACAUAAAGAACAUGAGAUCUCUUCACAAAGUUACUGUAUUUACAACUCUUCGUUACUUGCUGGUUCCUAAAGUAGCACCAGGUGAAAGAAUCGUUGUUAGUAAACUAGGUCUCAGAGGGGUUUAUAGAUGUGUGAUUCGUUAUGGUUAUGCAGAUAAGCUUAGUCUUGAAGGAGAUGAUUUAGUUAAUCAAGUCAUCCAAAGUUUACGAUCUCAUGUGCUCCACUGCUCCAAUUCAUUGGAGGUUGACACUGAAGUUUCCGAGUUGGAUGAGGCAAAGCUUGCUGGAGUAGUCCAUAUUCGUGGAAAGACGAGGUUUUAUAUUGGUAAGGACUGUGGAUGGUUUGAUAGAACAAUGCUUGCUUUCUAUGAAGUUCUGCAUAGCAAUUGCAGAUCUGCAUUGCCUGCUAUGGGUGUACCAUUACCUCAACGUAUCGAGGUUGGAAUGCUCUACGAGGCGUAACAAUCUGACAUGUUGUUACUGGUUUGGCUACAAGGCAUUGAAAAAGUUUCAAGAAGAUUGAUCUCACAACAAUAACAGGUAAGAUCAAUAUUGAUCUAAUAUAGUAUAAUGAAAAAUAGAAGUUUCGUAUAUGAUUAGUGCUUAGUAACUUUAUGAAGCCGCUGUGAAAACACUAUGUAUGUUGUUUGAUGUAUGUUGUUUGAUGUGAAAGUGAUUAAUCAAAUAUUUGAAGGUAAGUAUAAGAUA